GGUUGGAUAAGUCUUCUGGUAUUUCCUGCAGCAGGCGCGCUCCGACAGCCAGCUGGGCAGCGUCGGGGCCGGCCGCAGCCCCAGCUUGGGUCCCAGCCCCGGCCUCAGCCCGCACGGCCCCCGAUCGUCCGGACCCUGGCCCCUGGCCCCCGGGCCCGGCUCUGCCCCAAGGAGAACCCCCGCAGCUCACGCCAUGAAGGAGGAGAACUUCCUACGGCGCAGGUUUUCCCUCUGUCCUCCUUCCUCCACCCCUCAGAAGAUUGACCCUCGGAAACUGACCAGGAACCUGUUCUUCAGCGGAGACCAUGAGAUCUACCCUCUCAGCCCAGGCAAAGACAUGGAAGGCAGCAAUGGUGUGUCCCUAUUGAAGGAUGAAGUGCCUCAGACCCCGGUGUCCAUGACCAGAGCCCUGCAGAAUAGUGACUACAGGCUUUGCAAUGGAUCUGACAGAGAGUCCUUGUCCCCCACAGCCAAAGUCACCAAGAAAGAGACCCUCAAGGUCCAGAAGAGGAACUACCGCCAGGAGAAGAAGCGGGCCACGCAGCAGCUGUUCAGCGCCCUCAAGGACCCCAGCGUGGUCAUCAUGGCUGACUGGCUGAAGAUCCGGGGCACCCUGAAGAGCUGGACCAAGCUCUGGUGCAUCCUGAAGCCAGGUGUGCUUCUGGUUUACAAGACGCCCAAGGUGGGCCAGUGGGUGGGCACCAUUCUGCUGCACUCCUGUGAGCUCAUCGAGAGGCCCUCCAAGAAGGACGGCUUCUGCUUUAAGCUGUUCCACCCCCUGGACCAGUCCAUCUGGGCCAUGAAGGGUCCAAAAGGAGAGAACGUCGGCUCCAUCACCCAGCCCCUCCCCAGCAGCUACCUGAUCUUCAGGGCGGCUUCUGAGUCUGAUGGCCGCUGCUGGCUGGACGCCCUGGAGUUGGCUCUGCGCUGCUCCAGCCUCUUCCGGCUCAGUGCCUCCAAACAGGGGAAGGAUGGAGAGCUGACCUGCCAGCUGGACUCCUCCCAGAUGCCUCUGGAUGGGCUGCUGCAUGCUGGGACCAUCUCAGACCAGGAUCUCUUUCAGCUGAACGAGGCCUCCCUGGAAAACCACCAGCUGGAGAAUGACGCCUUCUCAGACAGGUCAGAGAAAGAUACUAUCGAGGAGUCGGAGAACGACACCCGGGAAAACAGUCGGAAGACCAAUGACAGUGAGAGUGACCAGUCUGAAACCCCCGGGGAGCUCAGUCAGGAGAAAAAAGGGACGACGUACAUCGAGCAGAUCUAUGAAGAAUUUGGAGAGACAGGAGAAUCCUCGCAGACCGAGACUGUCUCUGAGGAAAACAAGAGCCUCAUCUGGGUCCUGCUGAAACAGCUGCGGCCAGGAAUGGACCUCUCCCGAGUGGUGCUUCCCACCUUCAUCCUGGAGCCACGGUCCUUCCUCAACAAGCUCUCCGACUACUACUACCACGCAGAUCUGCUGUCUCAAGCUGUCUUGGAAGAAGAUCCCUUAAGUCGUAUGAAGAAAGUUGUAAGAUGGUAUCUGUCUGGCUUCUACAAGAAACCAAAGGGAAUUAAGAAGCCUUACAAUCCCAUCCUUGGAGAGACCUUCCGCUGCUGCUGGUACCACCCACAGACCAACAGCCAUACCUUCUAUAUUGCUGAGCAGGUCUCCCAUCAUCCCCCCGUCUCCGCUUUCUAUGUAAGCAAUAGGAAGGAUGGCUUCUGCAUCACUGGAAGCAUCCUAGCCAAGUCCAAAUUCUAUGGAAAUUCCCUCUCAGCCUUACUUGAUGGCAAAGCCACCCUGACGUUUCUAAGUAGAGGGGAAGAUUACAUCAUUACGAUGCCCUACGCACAUUGCAAAGGAAUUUUGUAUGGCACCAUGACGAUGGAGCUGGGUGGAAAAGUGACUAUCGAGUGUGAGAAGAAUAAUUACCAAGCAGAACUGGAGUUUAAGCUCAAGCCUUUCUUCGGAGGCAGCUCCGGCCUUAACCAGAUCUCUGGGAAGAUUAAGUCAGGAGAGGAGGUUCUAGCCAGCCUUGACGGACACUGGGACAGGGAGGUGUACAUCAGUGACCCAAAGAACGGCACCACUGAUGUCUUCUGGAACCCGACGCCAGAUAUCCGGAGGCAACGGCUGAAGCGCCACAUCGUGCUGUUUGAGGAGCAGACAGAGCUCGAAUCAGAGAGACUCUGGCAGCACGUGACCAGCGCAAUCAACAAAGGUGACCAGGUGAAGGCCACCCAGGAGAAGUCCGUGCUGGAAGAGGAGCAGAGGAGACGGGCCCGGGAGAGGCAGGAGGCCUUUCUAGACUGGAAGCCACUACUGUUCCUCCAGGAUCCCAGCUCCCAGGAGUGGCACUACAAAUAUGAGGACCUCAGGCCUUGGGACCCCUUAACAGACAUCGCCCAGUUUGAGCAAGAGGGCAGAUUGCAGACAAUGGGCCGGCGCACACCCUUGAGGCUGACCACUCGGAACCCAGCGGCUAGGCACAAGAGCUCAGGAAAGGAUCGUCGGCACCGCAAGGCCAGCGAUCAGCCCUCCAACCACAGCCAGAACACGGAGAGCAGCUGCUCCACCCCCGAGUCUGUGCAGGACCUGUCAGACGAUGAAGGGGAUGCAGACUGUGAAAGUUCCUGUGCCCGGUGUGGGAAGGAGAGCCAGCAUCUGAAGGAAAUUCAUACUGCAGUGUUGUCCCUACAGAAGGCCCAACAAGACCUCCACAGGAACCUCACGGCUCUAAACAAAAAGUCUCUGUACAGGCGAGCGCCAGGAAGCCUCCUCCAUAGCUCACGCUGCUGGUUUCUACUCUGCGUGUUUCUGACAUGUCAGCUGUUCAUUAACUAUGUCUUGAAAUAAAAGCACUCUAGGGGCAGCAGCCCAUGUGCCUCCCUGCCAAACGAACACUGCCCCCACCCCAGGAGCCCUCCCUGCAGAGGUGGGACCACAUUCCAUCCAGGGAAGGCCAGGCGCUAGGCCCAAGACCCCAAGCACCACUCCUGGGCAGCCAGUGCCCUUCAGAGGGGGCACAGCUUCGGGACCGUAUUACCCAUAUGGGCCUUAAUCGCUGAAGCCAAAUGUAGCUUAUUUGUGCACUUUGUUUCCUAAGGUGGCUUGUCGUCAGUCCAUCCGUCCAUCCAUCUGUCCAUCGCAUGUGGCUCACCUCUCAGUACCACCUGCUACUGCAGUCCCCCAACCUGAGUGUAUGUGGCCUUUCCCCAAGUUCCACCAGACACUUGGGGCAACUAGGAGGAGGGAAGGAAAGAGGGACAGGAGAGGGCCUAGCCUGAGAGUGGCCCCAAGGCUGAGGGCCUCCCUCCUUCCCUCCAUUCUUCCUCCCUUGACAAAGGAUGACCAUUUCAGGAAAUGCAGGGGGACCUGAGAACCAGCCAGGUGGCGUAGAUCUUGCAAGCACAGUCAUGGUGCCCUGUGUGCCCAGGGCCUCCCUCCUCAGGAAACCAGGACUUGGAACCCCAGACAUGCGUGAGAGGAGGCUCCAAGCAGGCAUCCCAGCUCGGUGCUGCCUGCCCGCCUGGGCAACGGGAUCUGUACAGCCCCACUAGAACCCCUGCUCUGUGGGGGGGACCAGCCUGGGCCUGAGGGGCGGCUGAGCAGCUUGGAUAGCCCUGCUGCUGGGGGCGAGAGGGUCAUGGAGCCACCGAAGGACCCCUCCCCCUGCUAGGUGGUCUUGUGCUUUCUAUCACUGAAGUGGCCAUUCUUAGGUGGUGCAGAGGGCCCCAUCACCGAGCCUCUCCUGCAUGGCCUCACCCAGCCCAAGGAGCAAGUGGGGGGCGGAGAGGGAAGUGGGGCACAGGUGAGUGGCUGCGUCUGUCCGCGGGCACCCUUGCUCAGCCUGCACAAAUCUCAGCCAACGGCGGUGCCCGGGCCCGCAAUGCCACACGCCCAGAUUGUAGGCUUUCAUCUCGUCUGUCCUGUCCCUCCUGCCUUUGGGGAAACUUGUUUCUGCUUGAUAACAGUGAAAUAAAAUGACCUACCGCCG